AUGCAGCUUAACGAUAGCGCGACGGUCAAACCCGCCGAGUCGGCCCUGUUAAGCCGCCGCCGCCGUCGCAAGUCACUCCCUUCACGCGGCCAGGGAGGAACAUCAGCCGAUCCAACGUCGCCUGAGGUCAUCUCAUCGUUGAUCUCGUCCCUCUCCACCAUCUCCGUGCCCCUGAACUCGCAUUUCGACAACGUGCCCCGGAUCGACUCGAAGGACUCCUCCGAUCCAGGAUUGCCCGAGGUGCCACACACGGCACCGUGUUUCACUAUCCCUCCGUCCCAGAAUGGCUUGGGAUUUGGAAUGAGCUUCGGCACUCAUCUCGAGGAACCAGAACCCGCGGACAGUCCAUUCUUGCAUCCAGAUGAUGCUGCACUGUCACCCGUCAUUCGCAUGGCCAGAGCGCCCCCGUCUCCGAAAUCUCCCAAAUCGCCUAGAUUCAAGCCUUUUAGUAAACAAAACGACUCAUCGGCCCGACCUGCAUCGAGGGACUCGUAUUCGUCGGUAAGGGUUCCAGAAGAAGGCCCUGUGUUCGGCACAAUCAGUACGGAACCCGGUCCCCGCCUCUCAACCGCGGUUAGCGUCGCCUCUAAUAGCUCGGGAGGUCGGACCAGAAGUCUGAAAGGCACAUUUGGAUUGCUCAGGAAAUCAUCAUCCCGGGAUUUAUCUGGGGACAAGGACACUCCGCUCGAACGCCUGCGGAAGACGACCAGCCUCAACGACGGUUUGCGACACAUGCCUCGCAGUCGCGCUAGUCUGCGUUCUUUGCAUUCAAUGGCGGAUGUGGCCGAGGAGGGACCCAAAGACUCGAGUGAUCGUCAUGGGACGAGCACACCUCCCUCCAAAGAGCAUCCCUCGGUUCAAAACACACCGGACAAUCACAACAAUCCCGGGGGAAUAGGAAGCGGUAGGAUUAUUCCCACUCGCGAUUCUUCCCUUCGACACCGACACAGUCAAUCCUCAGGGAGACGAAGAUCUGCUCGUCAUAGUCGAUACCCCUCUACUGCCAGCAAAGAGUCGACCGCGGACAAUGGAUUGCCAGGCACGAGUAAUGACGCCGAGCAGGUGACCCGGAGGAUUCAGGAGUUGAAAGACCAACAACAGAAAAUCAAGACAGAGUUGGAAGUCGACGACAGCCCUGGGAAGUCCACAAGGACCUCGGUGAAGCAGUCAAAACCUCCCCGCAGCACUAGUCAAAUUGAUAAAAACCGGGGGACCCCGAACGGAACUCCGAACGGGUUAGCUAGAGUUGAACGUUCUGUCUUGAAUGAUAGCGCACCAUCACCUUCCGUCAUGACCGGUAAAAGUCGAACUGCAAAAACUGGAGGCCCAUUGGCAUCGAAGCCUACCAACUUUGCCCCUCAGAUGCCGAAGUCACCGUCCGAUAAGCUCGAUCACGAAAAGUCACGAUACAGGACAUCUCUGGAGCCCGUUUCACCUACCCCAGGCCAUCGUCGAACACCUUCAGGCCCAAGCAUUACUGGUCGCACCUCGACCACUCACGAUCGACCAUCCAGUGCUGAUUCAAUUGAUCUGGCCGUCGAAGACUACACCUUCUCUCCGAAGCUGACUCAGAAGGUAGUACAUCCUGCCUCAGGUCGUAUUAUCGCAUUCUCUGAGGUAGGCGACCCUAAAGGUCAUGUCGUUCUGUGUUGUCUCGGCAUGGGUCUCACCCGCUAUCUUCCGGCAUUCUAUGAUGAAUUGGCUCGGACUCUCAACCUGAGACUGGUAACUCUGGACCGCCCUGGUGUUGGUGAGAGUGGGGCACAUCAACUUGACGAACCGAGCAACCCCCUCAGCUGGCCUGAUGACGUUGCUAUUGUUUGUAACUAUUUACGAGUCACUAAAUUCUCCAUUCUGGCCCACUCUGCCGGAGCAAUCUAUGCCCUGGCUACAGCUCUUCGAAUCCCACAGCAUAUUCGCGGACGUAUCCAUCUUCUCGCCCCUUGGAUUCCUCCUUCUCAACUCUCUAGCCUUGGCUCUCAAAAGGAACCGGCCCCAACUAACGCAGUACCUUACUCGCAACGCAUCCUUCGUGCUCUCCCAACAUCUCUCCUCAAGGUGGCCAACACCAGUUUUAUGAGCGCCACUAGUGCAAGCAUCACGACAAGUCUUCCCAAAUCUCCCAAACGAGUCAAACGCAAGGCUGUUAAAGAAACACCGAUCGCCGAUACAGACUCUGUUGCGCAAGAUAUAGCCGAGGCUCAAUCCCAGAAAGAGAACCCCGCGCCACUGGGUGGCGUGAAGCCAUCCAAUAUUGCCCAUGCCUCGUAUAGAAAGAGUGACGCAACCAUUGGGUCUCGUGCAAAGUCUCCCGAGGAGGAGCGUGAACGACAGCAAGACUAUGAUACACGGCUCACACACAGGAUCUGGGAACUUGCCACCGCCAACGCCAACCCGGCGGUUGAUCUUUUGAUUUGUCUGGAACGCCGUCAAACCAUCGGCUUCCGCUAUGUUGACAUUACCCGAUCUGUGGUGAUCCACCACGGCAGCAAGGAUACCCGCGUGCCCGUGGAGAAUGUCAAUUGGCUGGGCAAGACCAUGCGGCGCUGCGAGGUGCGGAUUCUUGAAGGCGAGGGCCACGGUCUCAUGGCCUCAGCCGGCGUGAUGGGCAGUGUCCUCACGGAGAUUGCCAAAGAGUGGGAAGACUGGACGACUAUCGUUCAGGGCAAGCGUCGGGCAACUGCUCAUACCAGCCGACCUGGUCUUUCCAUCCACACCUGA